GAAGAUAAACUAAUUAUUCAUCUGCCGCAGGUUUGCAGUUCACGGUGAAUACGAAUGCUCUUGCUGUUUUCUUGUUUAAAUCAUCAGAAAUAUGGCCGAAAAUUCUCAGGAAGAUAUUGCUACGGCAAUCUUGAGGCAGAAAGCUAAACCAAAUAGACUAAUGGUGGAAGAAGCAAUCAAUGAUGAUAACUCAGUCGUAUCACUCUCACAGGCAAAGAUGGACGAGCUACAGCUCUUCCGUGGAGACACAGUCCUGCUGAAAGGCAAGAAGAGACGAGACACAGUCUGCAUUGUACUCUCAGAUGAAACCGUAUCAAAUGACAAGAUACGUCUUAAUCGAGUCGUCAGAAGUAACCUCCGGGUUCGCCUUGGAGAUAUCGCCAGUGUACAUGCCUGCCCAGACGUGAAAUAUGGCAAACGCAUUCACGUGCUGCCCAUCGAUGACACUAUUGAAGGCAUUUCAGGAAACCUCUUUGAUGUGUACUUGAAGCCGUACUUCCAGCAGGCUUACCGUCCAGUCAGGAAAGGUGACAUUUUCCAAGUGCGGAAAGCACAUAGGGCGGUGGAGUUCAAAGUGGUCGAAACCGACCCUGGACCAUACUGCAUCGUCUCGCCAGAUACAGUCAUACACUUUGAAGGAGAGGCAAUCAAACGAGAGGACGAGGAGGAGAAUCUGAACGAGAUCGGUUAUGAUGACAUUGGAGGAUGCCGUAAACAGUUAGCUUGUAUCAAGGAGAUGGUUGAAUUACCCCUUCGACACCCUGCUCUCUUUAGAGCCAUCGGAGUCAAGCCUCCUCGUGGUAUCCUGUUAUACGGACCCCCUGGUGUUGGUAAGACACUGAUUGCUAGAGCCGUAGCCAAUGAAACGGGAGCGUUCUUCUUCCUCAUUAAUGGACCAGAAAUCAUGAGUAAGCUGGCUGGAGACUCCGAGUCCAACCUUCGUAAAGCCUUUGAAGAAGCAGAAAAGAAUGCUCCUGCCAUCAUCUUCAUUGAUGAACUAGACUCCAUUGCUCCCAAAAGAGAAAAGACCCAUGGAGAAGUUGAACGAAGGAUUGUGUCACAACUCUUGACCCUCAUGGAUGGCUUGAAGAAGAGGUCGCAUGUCGUUGUCAUGGCAGCCACAAACAGACCCAACAGCAUUGACACAGCUCUGCGUAGAUUUGGUCGAUUUGAUCGUGAGAUAGAUAUUGGCAUUCCUGACUCAACCGGCCGUCUUGAGAUCUUACGAAUUCACACCAAGAACAUGAAACUAUCAGAGGAUGUAGAUCUUGAACAGAUUGCCAAUGAGACCCAUGGCCACGUGGGUUCCGACCUGGCAGCUCUCUGCUCAGAAUCUGCCUUGCAACAGAUCCGUAAGAAGAUGGAUCUAAUCGACCUGGAAGAAGACAGCAUCGAUGCUGAGGUCAUGGAUUCCCUAGCUGUAACUAUGGAUGAUUUCAGGUAUGCACUUAGCAAGAGCAGCCCAAGUGCUCUGCGUGAGACAGUGGUGGAGGUACCCACUGUCACAUGGCAGGACAUCGGAGGUCUGGAGAAUGUCAAGCGUGAGCUCCAGGAGCUUGUCCAGUACCCCGUAGAACAUCCAGACAAGUUCCUCAAGUUUGGAAUGACCCCAAGCCGCGGAGUGCUCUUCUACGGUCCACCGGGAUGCGGUAAGACUCUGCUUGCCAAGGCCAUCGCCAAUGAGUGCCAGGCCAACUUCAUCUCCAUCAAGGGUCCAGAGCUUCUCACCAUGUGGUUUGGAGAGUCAGAAGCCAAUGUCAGGGAUGUCUUUGACAAGGCAAGGCAAGCUGCCCCAUGUGUUCUGUUCUUCGACGAGUUGGAUUCCAUUGCCAAGUCUCGAGGAGGUAACGUGGGCGAUGCUGGUGGUGCCUCAGACCGUGUUAUCAACCAAGUUCUCACCGAGAUGGAUGGUAUGGGCUCUAAGAAGAAUGUCUUCAUCAUCGGCGCAACCAACAGACCAGACAUUGUAGACCCUGCUAUCCUGCGUCCAGGACGUCUUGAUCAGCUCAUUUAUAUCCCAUUGCCAGAUGAAGCAUCGAGGAUCUCCAUUCUCCAGGCUAACCUCAGAAAAUCACCUGUUGAUAAGGGAGUUGACCUGCAGUACCUUGCUAAGGUGACCCAGGGAUUCAGUGGUGCCGAUCUGACAGAGAUCUGCCAGCGUGCCUGUAAGCUAGCCAUCCGUGAAAGCAUUGAGCAGGAGAUCAGGAAGCAGAGGGAGCGUGUUGCAAACCCUGACCUUGACAUGGAGACAGACGAAGAGGAUCCAGUCCCAGAGAUCACAAAGCUUCACUUUGUGGAAGCAAUGAAGUUUGCCCGUCGAUCCGUCAGCGACAAUGACAUCCGUAAAUAUGAGAUGUUCUCGCAGACACUGCAGCAAAGCAGAGGAUUUGGUGGUAAUUUCAGAUUCCCUGAUGCUGCUGGGCCAACAGGUGGUCAAGGUACACCAGGGUCUGGGGGAGCUAAUCCUAAUCUCUAUCAAGACACUGAAGAUGAUGAUCUCUACAGUUAAAUCUCUCUCUCUCGCUCAAAGAUGCCACUCAAAGAUUCCAGUAAAUACAGGAGAAAAUGUAAUGAAGGAUUAUUAUAUCUGGGUGUAGUGUUCCCUAAAAGAGUGUAUAUUAUUAUUGUCAUUUUCAUUCAUGUUUGUUUAAAUUUAGGAUUGUAUAAUUGAUAGGGGGAGAAAGAGAAUGUAAUAUUGGAAAGGGCUCACAGGAGUUAAUCAAAUUGUAUACAUUGCUUGAUGUAGAACAUAAUGGUGCGCUAAGAGCCUAUAUACUGUAAGAAAUGAGAGACUACAGCGUCUUUAAAUUUUGUUCAAUGUGUACAAAAAUAUGCAGAAAUGGAAUGAAGAAUGAAAAGAAAUAUUUCAAAAACUUUUACCAUUUAUGAUCCACAUGGUAUUUAUCUUGUAUAAUUUAUUACUCUACAAGACUGUCAGUUUCACAGAAAGUCUGUGAAAAGAUACAUUGUUUCACAACACUACAUUGCAAUUAUUGAAAAUAGAAUCUAUAUGAAAUUGAAUGUAAGUUAGAAAUUUGAAGCUGUAAUUUAUGGUAGAUAGCUGAGGGCAGUCUCAUUUCAAAGCAAAUCUUGAGUAGAAAUCUU